AGUCCCAACCAAUGCAUCGUCCACACCAUAGUCCGCUAUCUGCAGAAUGGCGAUAAACUGAUUCUACCAGUUUUAAAGAUUACGACUUUGAAAUUCCCCACUAUCUUUUUAGUUGGAUCACUGUGAUGUGUUGUUGACUUCAUAUCAUAGGUUCAUGUUCGUUUGAACCAGCGUGUUUACCCGUGUGUGCAAUUGGGAAAUGUUAUUUUUCAUUGCUCGAAUUAUUACUCGAUCAAUUCAGUGACAUGUUUUUAAAGUUUACAGUGAAAACGGUCCAAGUUCCCAUAUUCCGUAAUGACAAGUGAAGUGACGUAUUUUGUCCAAAUAUUCUUUGCGCGUCAUCUUAUGUUUUCUGAGAAUUUCUAAUUAUUGGAUUCUAUGGUGUACACUGUACAUAGCCAGUCAAGGACAGUCAAGGUACACACAAAUGAACCAUGCAUUCUAUGAGGAUUUACAUUAUGAUGGUGAUACUAGCGACCUUCAAUGUCGUACAGGGCGGCGAAGAGAUCAUCUGCAAUAGCACAGAGAAUUGCGAAUGUUACAAGAUCGUUUCAUCCGGAAAUCUUGAAUUUCAUUGUCCUCCAUCAUCCGAUGACCAAACAAUAAUACACUUUUAUCCAUCUUCCAAAAAGAUGACGCUGGAUUGUGUUGGUCUCGAUGUUUUGAACGACACUUUCUUGCCAGAUACCAACUUCAGUAUGACAAGACGUCUAGAAAUAGGUGGAUGUCCACUGCCCAAAAACGGAUUCACAUAUUUGGUUCGAAAAUUUUCCUUGCUGAAUCUGGAGAAGUUGUUCUUCACAAUUCUUGAUUUGAAGGAAAAUCUCACCAGCGAAGAUCUCCAGGACAUGAGGAACCUCCAAGUCCUAGAGUUGAAGGGAAUUAACGAAUCAGUUAUAGACGGCAAGAUUUUCAAAUAUACUCCAGAAUUAUCCCAGUUGAGGAUCGAUAGAAUUAAACUCAACUUCGAUGAUGAAUUGUUUAAGUACAUCCCAAAACUGUCGAUUCUGGAAGUGAGUAAUAACAACAUUUAUCGUAUACCGAAAAAUGCUCUGAGAUAUCUCCAAUUGAAUAAAUUAAUUAUGUGGGGAAACAAAAUGAAUCUACUCGCAAACGGAGAUUUUGACACUAUGUGGAAUUUGAAGAUGUUGGAAUUGAAUCUCAAUGAGAUUGAAGAGAUCGAGGAUGGAGCUUUCGACCAGUUGACUAACCUGACAAGUCUGAAUUUGUAUAAGAAUAGAUUGAAACAAAUCUCGAGAAGGAUUUUCCAAAAUUUAGGACAACUAGCAGUGAUAAGGAUGAAUGGAAACCCAAACAUAAAUCUCAUAGAUGAUGUCUUCUCGAAUUUUACGAAAUUGAGAAAUAUAGAUUUAUCAUACAAUAGAUUACAGAAUCUUUCAGAAAAUCUAUUCAAAGGUUCAACCAACCUCGUUACAAUAUCACUGAACAAUAAUCAGUUGAAGACUUUGCCACAUAAAAUAUUCGAAUACCAGAAAAAUCUCAAAUCCCUCCAUCUGCAUUACAAUAAAAUCGAGAAUAUAGAUCCAGAAGUGUUUGAAUCAUUGGAAAAACUCGAAUAUCUCAAUCUAUAUCAUAACAAUUUGGAAACCAUCCACGAACGACUUCUUGAGAAUUUGAAAAUGUUAAAGGAGAUCAACUUGAGCUAUAACAAGAUUAUUAAAUUGCCAGUACAGUGUCUAUCUGGAAAUAAAAACUUAUUGAAAUUUUUGAUGAGUCAUAAUCAAUUCAAUUUCGAGGAACCUACUGCUUUCGGUGAUACUACGCCAUUUUCUAGUAUGUCCAGCACUAACAUGAAAGAGGUGGAUCUGAGUUUCAAUAAAAUCACAAGGUAUCCAUCCAAUUUGAAUAAAAUAGCUACAGUCAAUGUCAUCAACCUGAAGCAUAACCACAUAAAGGAGAUCUUUUUGGACGAACUCACAACCAUCAAUGCUGAAUCUUUAAAUGUGGACCUUAGUAGCAACGACAUAUCCUCUAUACACAUAUGGGAUCUCAAUUUUAGUCAGCCGUACAAUGAUCGUAUAAGAACAUACAUCGAAAUAUCCAAUAAUCCUAUAUUGUGCGACUGCCAAGCUUUGAACUUGGCCAGAUAUGCCCGAGAGAACACUCUCAUAGAGAAAAAUCUGGUCAUGCAAAAGGAACAACUGAUAUGCGCCGGACCUCAGAAGCUGUUCAACCAACCCCUUGAUACAGUCAACCUGGAAGAACUCGUUUGCAAACUGGUCCUAAACAACACUACACCAUGUGAUUAUCUGUAUCGACCUCUUGACGACGUCCUUGUUUUCAAUUGCUCUGGCAGGAUGUUGACUGAGGUACCAAAAUUCGAGAAGUACAACUAUCCCAAUUCGAUGCAGACGGAGAUCCAUCUGGAGGAUAAUCGAUUGGAGCAAGGUCCUGGAGAAUUUGAUGGUUAUCAAGAUACUUUCAAAUGGUAUUUGAGAGGCAACGCAAUAAGGAAUAUCACUUGGAUUCCUUCAUCUCUUAAGGUGUUGGAUAUCAGAGAAAAUAAGUUGGAAACAAUUGACUCUCAAGCAUUGAAGAUGAUAAAUGAAUCGAAACUCGAAAAAUUCUACCUUGGAAGCAAUCCUUGGAAAUGUGAUUGUGAUCAGAAGGACUUCCUGGUAUAUUUGAAAGAUCACAUUGACCAGAUCGAUUUGUCAAACAUACGAUGCUACAGCACAAGCAGGCGCCUUGGGGACCUAAACGACAAAGACAUCUGCCCUGAAGAAGCAGCCAUCAUUCUCAACAUCACAGUUGUCGUUUUAUUCUGUUUAUUCAUCAUUACAUCCGCCAUCUCGCUUUAUUUCUUCUACCAGAAAGAAAUACUCAUUUGGCUCUAUGGGCGCGGAUAUUGCUUAUGGCUUGUUAAAGAAGAAGAAUUGGACAAAGAUAAAAUUUACGACGCCUUCAUCAGUUUCUCCAACAAAGACGAGGAUUUCGUCAUAGACAAUCUGGUCUCGGUGUUGGAAUCUGGCCAGGAACCCUACAGAUUGAAUAUCCAUUUCAGGGACUGGAUACCUGGGGAACUGAUCCAAACCCAAAUAAUUAAUUCGGUGAGAGACUCUCGGAGGACUAUUGUCGUCCUAUCUGCUAAUUUCUUGGAGAGUGUUUGGGGUAUUGUAGAAUUCAAAACGGCCCACAAUGAGGCUAUGAGAGAAGGAAGAGCAAGAGUUGUCAUAAUCAUCUGUGGUGACAUUGAUAUAGAGGCGCUUGAUGACGAUUUAAAGGCGUAUUUGAAGACCAAUACUUACAUAAAAUGGGGCGAUCCAUGGUUUUGGGAUAAACUCAAGUAUGCCUUGCCGAAAAGGACUGGUAGACAAGUUUUGUCGAAGAAACAUUCCAAUAUGAUGCAGUUUAUCGAUGAUAAGUUCAUUCUCGUAGAUAAGCAACCGACACAUAGUGUUUCGACGCCUGUUAUAUUAAGUCCUAAAGAACUGGAAGGAAAAUCUUUGACAUGUAUCGCCUAGUCAAUUUCGUCGAACAUAGAAUCCUUGUUGGGCUUGUACACAUCGCAUCGAUUGAAAACUUACUUACACUUGGUUACUUAUGAUUUUUUCAAAGCCAAGGAUAUUGGAAAGAUAAAAAGAAAAUUUUCCAGUACUUCGACAGUGGAGCUGAAAAACAAUAUUGAGAAAUAUUGAUUUGUUCACUCCUAUGGACAAGUAUUGCAUAAUAUGAAUAUAAUCUUCAAUUGUUAUUUUAUUGAUUGAUCGUUAUGGUAUAUUUCCUCGUCUAGACCAUGAUAUUGGAUGAUUGUAAUCAAAACUUGAAUGGAACAAUGUAUCUAUCUUUCUAUUUUCCACAUCAAGGAAUCCUUUGUAUAGAAUUCAAUUGAGUAAUAUGAUUUAAAACAAAUCGUAAAAAAAUUGUAUGAAGAAGCUGUGAUAUCAAAUAGAUCCUUAUAAAUAUGUUGUAAAAAUGUAUUUUGUAUAUUUUAUAUACCUGUAUUUUAUAUUAAUUAUCAACAUUAAAUAGAUUCGUUAAUCUGUCCAAU